UUCUAUCUCUAUGUCCUACAUACCGUAGCUUCUUUCCCCCUCCUUUCCUAUGUUCAACAGAGCGGGAAGGAGGAGGGUGACCGGCAGGCAGGGAGGAGGCACUUGGAGUGCGCGGCGAGAAAUGACCGAGUAGCCAUGUCCGAGGCUGGGGGCAGCGACUCAUCUCGACGCUCCCGAGGCCGACACAGCGGCGCCCGUAGUGAUCCUCGACGCCGGCCACCUCAGGAGGCUCGGGGUCGAGCUGGGGAUGCUGAUGGGGGCCGAGACGGCGAAGAAGAGGAAGGGGGAGGAGGAGAGACCGGCCCGGGGCCCUCGGGCGAGAGAGCGGCCGAGGACGGUGUUGACGAGACUACGCGGCGGCUGCUCCGCCAGCAGUACCGGGACCUGAUUUCCACUGUCCAGCAGAAUCGUGAAAUGAUGCUGAGCACCAGAAAUGAUAAACUGACAGAGGCUCUGGAAGAUGCAAAUAAACUGUUUACUGGAGUGUCCCGGGCAAGGGAGGCUGCUUUGGAUGCUCAGUUCCUGGUUUUGGCAUCAAAUCUAGGAAAGGAAAAAGCAAACCAGUUGCACUCAGAUAUGACGGUGUUUGAUCCAUCUGCAUUUGCUGAAGAUUUAUUAUCAUUUAUGGGCUUAAAUCGUCUGGAAAGGGAAGAAAGUGAUAGUGAAGAGGAACAGGUUGCUGGUGGAUUUUUACCUAGUAAUGCUUGGAAUAAACUUGGUGAUGAAGCAAAAAAAUACUUUAGAAGAGCACCAGUUUUUCACUUCAUGUUGGGAGCGUUUACUGCUGAUCCUCCUGUUGAGAGGCCGCGAAUUGAGAGGCAGCGAAAGAAGCCAGGGUCAGAAGAAGGAAGGGCUAUGCCUGCACAGUUGAAAAAAAUGGAAGAAUCUCAUCAAGAAGCUACAGAAAAAGAAGUGGAGAGAAUCUUGGGAUUCUUACAACUCUAUUAUGGAGAAGAGCCUGAUAAUCCAAUAUCCUUCCUUGAGUUUGUGACUGAUCCAAAUUCUUUUGCACGAACUGUGGAAAACAUGUUUCAUGUUUCAUUCUUAAUAAGGGAUGGACUUGCAAGAAUAAAGUUGGAUCAGGACAAGCUUCCUAUAAUAGAGCCUAUAAAUCCAGAAGAAGAAAAUGACCAGGAUUCUCAAGCACGGAAACAAGCAGUCAUAUCAAUGAGCUAUCAAGAAUGGCAGAAUAUUGUGAAGACUUUUGAAAUUUCACAGCCCAUGAUUCCACCUGCCACACAGACACGAGAUGGAGCCAGUAUGAAUGUUUCCUAAAGUUCUAUAAGAGGAUGGUGCUGCUGACCAAUAUCCUGUUGAAAUUUUGCCAGGAGGAUGGCAGAGUGGAAACUAGCUAAGACUUCCUGUUAAAGGAUUGGAUAUUUACUUGAACAGGAGUAACAUUUGGAGGUUUUUCUCUCUCCAGGUGAUGAUGUUGUAUUAUACAACGUAAGUUAUGGUUUAUGUGCUGUAACAGCAAAUGAGUUUGAAAUUAAAGAUUGUGCCUUCUUGCA